AUGGGUGCUGCAAGGAGAGUAAGGGGAGAAAAGGCUGCCCAGUCGCGGCGACGGCUAGCGCAUUUGAUGGCCAGGCGUUCCAGAUAUCACGCAAGGUUAACGAUGAUGAGGCCGCCGUGGGCAUCGUGGAUGCUGCCAACAAGCUCGACUAGCUCCUGCGAGCCAAGUCACGCAGGCAUGCGAGCAGCUCAGCCUGACAUGAGACGGCGCCGGGCUCUAGUAGUAGGGGAUGUGUUAGAAUUAGUAUCGCGCUUUGCUGGGCCUGGAGGACGAUGUGAGGGCGGAUGGGUCCAGUUGACGGCUGCAGUUGUUAUGGCGGGUGGCUGGGGUGAAUGUGGUUGUGGCGUCUGUCUGCGUCUGCAGGACGAAGAUCAGAGCGGGGAAGGCUUCCCGCUACGUAGCGCCAAAACCGACCCCGCCCCCGUUUCAACAGCACACAACGCCCGCGAAGGCGCGUGA